UUGUGGAGAGCAGACGUGCCGGGGGAGCCCGGGUGACCUUCAGAGUCGCUUUUAGGGCAAUUAGGAGGAGGCAGGGGUAGCAGCGCUGAGGGUGCGCGGGCGAGUUGGGAGGAAGCGUUCAGCGACUGGAGUCUUGCGCAGCUUUCAACUGAAGUCUAAGGGUGAAGAACGAAUGGCUUCACUGGAGUCAGCGACGCUGCAAAGUGUCUGUGAGGGACCUCUGAAGUGAACUUAGUGCUGUCAAGGAUGGAUGGUGUUGGGUCAUUUUCAGAUCAUCCAUUCUCAGGAUCAGGACAGAAUGGUGCUGAGCCAGAAGUGACUAUCGCACUUGGACGGCUCAAAGGGAGACAAACAAAUGUGAAGGGGACAGACAGACUUGUAAAUGUUUUCCUUGGAAUUCCUUUUGCAAAAGCCCCUGUUGGAUCCUUGAGGUUUUCCCCACCUGAACCACCUGAACCCUGGAAUGACCUGAGAGAUGCAACUUCUUACCCACCACUAUGUCCUCAAGAUCUGUCCAUGUUGAAAAUAGCUGAAAAAAACUUUAAAGAAAAACACAUCCCAUUCCAAACUUCUGAGGACUGUUUGUAUCUAAAUGUUUACAGCCCUGCUGGUUCAAACAAGAAGGACAAGUUACCUGUAAUGGUGUGGAUCCAUGGAGGCAAUUUUAUAUUUGGUGGUGCUUCUAGGUAUGAUGGUUCUGCACUAUCAGCCUACGAGAAUAUUGUGGUAGUAAUAAUUCAGUACAGACUUGGACUCCUUGGAUUCUUCAAUACUGGUGAUGAACACGCUCGUGGGAACUGGGCAUUUUUGGAUCAAGUAGCAGCUCUUCGGUGGAUCCAAGAAAAUAUUGAACACUUUGGUGGAGAUCCAGGAUCUGUCACACUCUUUGGUGUAUCUGCAGGAUCUUGCUCUGUUUUUGCACAUGUUUUAUCUCCUUUGUCUAAGGGUCUCUUUCAUAAAGCAAUAUCAGAGAGUGGAAUUAUAAUCCCCCCUGAUAAAGAUUUACUUCUUUCAACAGAUCUUAAGAAAAUUGCAAGUAUAUUUAAGUGUGAGAUGAGCAGUUCACUCUCACUAAUAAACUGCUUAAGGAACCAGGAAGCAAAGGAUAUAGUCUUUAACAGUACGGAAAUACCAUUUCUACCCUUAGUUUUGGAUGGAGUAUUUCUUCAUAAGUCACCUGAGGAGAUAUUGGCUGGAAAAGAAUUUAAUGCGGUCCCAUUUAUGAUAGGAGUCACCAACAAUGAAUUUGGCUGGAAUAUGAGAUCUACAUCAAAAAUACCAGGUUUGAAGGAAAUAGGAGAUAAAAAAUCGAUCACUUCAACUUUAGAGUUUUUACUGCCAAUGAUGGACGUACCAUCAGAGUUUCUGCCUGUGAUAGUGGAUGAAUAUCUAGGAAACACAGAUGAUCCUGCUGAGCUACGGGACCGAUUUUUGGACUUGCUAGGGGAUGUAGGAAUUGUCAUACCAUCCAUUAAAGUAUUGAAUUAUCACAGGGAAUCUGGAGCUCCUGCCUACUUCUUUGAAUAUCAGCAUCGGCCCACUUCGUACUGGGAUAGUAAACCAGAGUAUGUGAAAGCUGAUCAUGGAGAUGAAGUUGGCUUUGUCUUUGGAGGACCAUAUCUGGCCGGUGAUAUUCAGCUACGUAGUGAAGUUACAGAGGAAGAAAAGAACCUUAGUAGAACUCUAAUGAAGUACUGGGCUAACUUUGCUCGACAUGGAAAUCCUAAUGGAGCAGGUUUGGUUGAAUGGCCAUCUUACAAUCUAAAUGAAGAAUACUUACAGAUAAAUCUAAAACAAAAGAAAGCCAGAAGGUUGAAAGAAAAGAAGGUAGAUUUCUGGAGAAAGGUGAUGUUUGAAAAGACAAAUAACAAAAGAACGGUAAACAAGAAGGUUAAUUCAGAGUUAUAAUUUACAGUCUAAACAUGCACGUAAGCAAACUAUUAGGAUAGUAAAAGAAAUUACUUAAAGUAAUUUUGAGGAUAAAAUUAUGUUUCCCUUCUUUUCACCUUUUGUUCACAGUUUUCAUAUUUGCAAUUAUUCACUGUAAUAAUUCCAAUUGAUCUAUUUCCCCUUUGUGAUCCUUUACUUUUUCCUGGAUUCGUGUCUACAACAGAAGCCUCACUUAUUAAAUAUAGAUACCAGAUUUCCCCACUGCUCAGGUUUUUCUGUCGUUUCACCAUGACUGAAGACAGAAUGUAGCAGCAACAUUGUUUUAAUAAAGUGAAAUCAAUAAAGACCAGAUUUGCA